AUGUAAAUAUGAACUUUGGUUAAUUUAAUAUUUAUUUGCUUAAAAUUAUCUAUUUACAAGUUCAAGUAAUUAGAUACUUAUGUUCUUAUUUUUACUUAAUUCAGUUGUUUACUGGACUAGAACUUUAAACAAUAAGGAAAGGCGGUUUUGUAACUUAUAAUUCGCUAAUUAUGAUUUAUGAAUUCAUAUUUUUUGUUAUUGUAAAUAUCGUUAAUAUCUUUACCUAAAGCUUAUACAUAAAGCUUAUAACAGACAUGUAUCGCAACGUGAAGCGUUUGAAGCCCAGCAGGUGUGUCAAAGAGCUUUGAUAUUGAAGUUGGGGUUCAUCAGGGAAGUGCUCUUAGCCCCUUACUAUUCAAUACCAUCAUGAAUUACCUCACCGAGAGAAUCCAGAAACCCUUACCGUGGAACUUAUUGUAUGCUGACGACGUGGCUCUGAUAUCAGACAAUGAACAAGAAGUACAGGAUAGUUUAGAUCAUUGGAGGCGAUCUCUGGAGCCAAACGGAUUGCGCAUAAGUAGAACCAAGACCGAGUAUAUGGUGCUCAACUUCAGCGCUGACAAAUCUAGCACGACACACACUGAGCUGAAGCUUGAUGGAGAAAUCCUACCAAGAGUAAACAAGUUCAAAUACCUAGGUUCUGUUAUUGCUGAGGAUGGCACGAUUACAGCCGACAUAACGCAUCGAAUAACAUCUGGAUGGAAUAAAUGGCGCGAACUAACAGGGGUCUUGUGUGACCCAAAAAUGCCAAUGAAAACUAAAGGCAAGGUAUAUAAAACUGCCGUUAGGCCAGUUCUACUAUACGGUAGUGAAACGUGGGCUACGAAGCAAAUACACGAGCAAAAACUACACACUACUGAAAUGCGUAUGCUUCGUUGGGCAGGAGGAGUUACCCUUAAAGAUAAAGUCCGAAAUGAAUACAUUCGGGGCACCUUCAAAGUGGCACCAGUGACCGAGAAGCUAAAGGAAUCCAGACUAAGGUGGUUCGGACAUGUGAUGCGAAGACCCGAAAAUCACGUAGUGAAGAAGGGGCAGGCCAGUAACUACCUGGCUGACGAAUGUCCGAAGAGAUAUGAAGGAGUUGGGCCUGUCCAGUGACGACGCUUAUCAGCGAUCAAAGUGGCGCCUCAAGAUUAGGAAAGCCGACCCCGCGUAACGGGAUGAGGCGAGGAUAAAGAAGAAGAAGAAGAAGUUAAUAUCUUUACCUAUUUGAUUCUUGAAUAAAGUUUGUACCUAUCUCGCCGGAAAUUCGGUAGCAAUCCGUAUACUAGAAAUACGUGCAAAAUUUUUGAAACACGAGCAAUACAAAUUGGGCAUCUAGUGGUAUUGACCACUCGUUUUCAAUUCUAUUAAUAUAAUUUAAAUACCUAGUUGUGGAGAUAUUAAUACAGGAAGGAACUUAUUGGAACUUAUUAUAAGGUUGGGUCAUUACAGGUAAGGUGCAGCGAGCUGCAAAGGUGCAUACUCACUUUAUACGAAUGAAUUCCACUUUAUGAGUGAAUUUGAUUUCUAUUCAUAAAGUAGGUAACUAUGCACUUUUGCAGCUGUGUGUAACUACGUCCUACAACCUAACAGGUGCCUACUUUAAUCCAACACUACAUAUUUAGUAUGUAGACACGCUAGAAUGCCAGUCUUCAAAACUAGAUUAUAGCUGAAUGACGUGACUAGCAAAAAUAUACUUCGGUACCCAUGCAAUCUAGAUUUGCGACCUAUAAAAAGGCACGUAGCUCUACUUGCAUUAUUUUUGCUAUAUUGUAUGACCUGCUUUAUAUCCUACACUGAACAGAAAUGAGGGUUAGUUGGUGCUUAAAUGCAACUGUGAGAAUAAGCUUUUUUGUAGGACUAUUAUGUACAUUCAUUAAUUAACAAACAAAUCAUGAAAUGUUGUUAAGUACACACUUUGAAGUUCGAAUAAACAGUCGUUUAUGUAAUAAAAAAAACGAAUAAUCAAGAGAAUAUAGUAGUAGUAAUAUAACACCUACCUAUCUUUUUUUAUAAAUUAAACUAAAAAACUGUGUUUUAAAUACAAAUAUUUAGUCAGUCUGAGAAUUUCUUCCAGACGUGAGGUUCGUCGGUAAUUGGUAUGUGAAGAAUACAAGCUAGAGAUGUAUGGGCGCAUUGACAGUGGCCAAAGAGGGCUCGUGCGCGGUCAACGACCACGCGGCGGCGCACGCGGCUCUAUUCUCGACGUUGCGCUUGCGCAAAGUGUGAGCAAAGUCAAGGCCGUACUCAGCUGACCUGACCUUUGAGGUCAAUUUAAUUUUUAAUUAAUUUUCUAUACAGAAAUAAUAAUUAUUGGCUUCAGAUAUUUUGCAAGGACGACGCGUUUAAAAAUAAUUGUUAUGACUCGACAAUUGUAGAGUUUUUAAAUUGUGAAGUUUUUUUAAUUAUUUACAGGAUUUUAACGGACUCUUAAACGCGGAGGAGUUGUUACAAUAAAUCCUUUUAUUUAUAGAAUGUCGGCGACGCAUGUAUGACACCUAUGUAGUUGCAAAUGCAAACGUCAAUAGACAACGAUGACUGCUUACGAUAAGGCGGGUCAUGUUAUUGUUAGUGUUUUUGCCUCAGCUGUCAUAUUUAGUAAUUAGGAUCAUAUUUACCUAUUCAAUUUGAUUUAAAGCUUAAAUUCUCUUGAAAUUGGCCCCUGGAACGGUUUGCCGGUGCAAGCAAAAAUUCUAAGUUAGAAAAAAUGUAUCUAAAAUUUCAAGUACGUUCCUAUCGCAGAUGACUGC